AUGACGGCGAUCAUAGCCUUGGCAUCCUCCCUCGGGGCCCUCAUGUUCCUCUCGGCAGUGACCAUAACACUGCGCAUCUUUACCAAGCAUCGACGUGGUCGACCCAUCCGGAAAGACGAUUACACCCUGAUCGUGUCGUGCAUCUUCCUCCUCAUCUCGCUGGUCCUGAUCAUCGCUGCCACCCGCCGUGGCUAUGGUCAGCACCUUUCCGACCUCAAGUCCAGCCCCGCCGAGGCCGUCAAGCUGAUCGCCGUGUCCGAGUUCUUUGCCGUCAGUGCCGGCGCGGUAGCCAAGACGGCAAUCGCCAUGACGCUGCUCGAUGUGCUCAAUGUACGCUGGCAAAGGACGGUCACUUGGGGGCUUGUCAUAUCGGCCAACCUCAUCAUUCUGGGUUUCGCCACCUUUAUUUGGGUCAUCGUCUGGCAAGAUCGGUUAGUUAAGAUCUGCAUCGAAGAAGUUGGUGUUUGGAGGUUUGCCAUCUUUGGGGCAGUCAAGAUCACUCAGAUGGACUGCAAGAACUUCGAGCUGGAUGUCACACAUGACACUGUUUCCCUGGUUAUCUGGACCUUCGCCGAACCUGUGGCCAUCAUCAUAGCUGCAUCCAUCCCUGUCCUCCGGCAGCUCAUCGAGAAACCCUCCGAGGCCGCAUUUGAGAGGGGGCUCAUGGGAUUACGCAGCGGGUCUGGUUUGCCUCACAACUUCUCUUUCCCAUCGUCGCCGCGGUUUGGGCAGGAAGCAAAGGUAUGGAGCAGCAGGAGUGGCCCAGUCGGCACGUUCAUUCCAUUACAAGAUCUGGGCUCGAUGGACGCAAUCCUACGGAUAGAUGAGGUGCAAGUCAAUAACGAGGAAAGCAACUGGGACUCGCCACCGAAACAAUCACCCCAUUCAAGACUUGGGAUUAUGAGGGUUGGAGAGUUUGAGGAAGAUCACGGCCGAGAAGGUGGGGGAAUAGGGGGUGGUUCGUGGGAGCGCAACUGGGCGAGGUAA